CAUAAGGUAACUGGACUGGACUGAGGAGAAAGCUAAGAAACUUCUUCUUUUUCCUGUUUUUUCCUUUAACGACAUGGACAUGUCUGUAGUUGUGCCUGUCGAGGCGGAGGCGUUUGUUCAAAGUCUGGAAACUUUCUCUCUGAAGGAGGUGGGCUCUGAGAGGUGGUUCAGACAGCACGAGCGCAUUGAGAAACUUAACAUGCAGGCGAUACUGAAUGCUUCUGCCAUGCACGAUGAGUUUAUUAAGGAGCUCCUGGUAUCAUAUGGAAAGAUACCUGUCCUGGUCCAUGAAAUGAUCCUCAUUGAAGUGUGGAAGCACAAAGUGUUCCCCAUCUUAUGUCAGCUGCAGGACUUUAAUCCCAAGAGCACAUUUCAUCUUUACAUGGUGAUCCACCAUGAAGUUACGAUCAUAAACCUGCUUGAAACGAUAAUGUAUCAUAAGGAUUCGUGUGAGGCAGCUGAUGACUCUGUUCUUGACUUGGUGGAUUACUGCCACCGCAAACUCACCUUGCUGGCCAGCAAAGCGACCACGGAGCGCACAGCGACUCAUGACAAACACAAUCUGACAGGAGGAGCAGCUGUUUCCAAUAUAGAGGAGUUGCAGAUGCAGAGUGCUGUACUGGAGUUUGAAAUUUCCCUGAAAGCUGUUUCUGUGUUGCGCUACAUCACUGAUCACACCGAGAGUGUCAGUGUCAUCAACCGCAUGCUGUGCACACAUAACCUGCCCUGUGUGCUUGUUCAGCUGAUUGACUGCUGUCCUUGGAGUCGCUAUAAAGAAGGUGAGGUAGAAAAGUACAUUAAUAACAGAUGGCAGAAGAUUCCUGUGGAGGACCAUUUAAAGAUGACAAAACUAGAUGGUCAGGUCUGGAUUUCUCUUUACAAUCUGCUGCUGAAAGAAGACUGCCAAAGGAAAUAUGAAUUCAACAAUUUCAACAAGAAUCAGAUUUUAAAGCUCCGAGGUUUCCUGACGGAGGUGUUGGUCGAUCAGCUGCCAAACCUGGUGGAGCUGCAGCGUUACCUGGCUCAUCUGGCUGUUUCAGACCCUGCCCCUCCCAAAAAAACACUCAUUCUGGAACAGAUCCCAGAAAUAUGGAACCACAUUGUGAGAGAGAAUUCUGGGAAGUGGAAGGCGAUAGCAAAGUAUCAAGUGAAAGAAACAUUCAACCCGUCUGAGAGUGACCUGAGGCUGCAGGCAAAAAGGUUGGCUGAGACGUACAAUUUGGAUGUGAUGGAGAUUUUACUUCCUGAGAAGCCAAAGUGCGGAUCCUGUGGGAAAGAGGCUACAAAGAGAUGCUCUCGAUGUCAAGGAGAAUGGUACUGUCACAGAGAGUGUCAGGUGAAGCACUGGCCUAAACACAAGAGAGCCUGCCAGCUCAUGGCUGAGGCCACUGAGAAGAUCCAGAAGGACCUGCACACCAGCGGCUAACAGAGAGGGUGCUGAAGCACACGUCAGGACAGGUGGCAGAUGGGAGAUUUUGUCACUGCUGAGUCACAAGAUGGGAGAACAGCUCUGCAUGUGAUCUGCAUGUACGGUCUGUAAAUUUGGAUUUGACCAAUUAUUUCUAUGUUUACUGAAAGAACUAACGUAUUUGUCAAGAGAUUUUAUACCCAUUUGAU